AUGACCGAAGCAAAGAAGAAGAUCAAACGAAGUAGAAACGGAUGCCACAACUGCAAACGUCUCAAGAUCAAAUGCGAUGAACUAAAGCCAAGUUGUUCAUACUGCGUCAAGACAGCCAGCAAAUGUGACUACUCGUUGAAGUUAACUUGGGGUGGAAGACCAUACAAAGACUCCACCAAACGAAGACAACAGCACGUCACACCAACCACAGCAGCCAGUACACCGGCACCGCUAGACACUGUACAGUUUGUAGUGCAAAGCUUUGACCCACUGACGCAUGAUCCCCAAUCUCCACAAACAACCACUGGGUCCAUUCUGCUGCCACACAUACAAGAGGAUCCAAAUGUUCAUUUCGAUUUGCAUACAAACGACCCCGAGAAGCAAGACAAUUUCUUGACAAAUUAUGAAGAAGAUAUAGCAAGAGCAGAGUUGUACAUGCCAGAAACACCUAGUUACUUUGCUCGAGAUUAUCAACCUAUACGACUGUCGCAGGAAACUGCUGUCUAUUCCAUACCUCCCCAGAUCACACCGUUGCCCACAUUACUAUUGGAAGUGCCAUUCUAUAGAGACCUACUCCACUUUUGGGUUAAUGUCGCCUCACAUCAUCUAGUUCCAGCUCCGGUAAAAGUGUACCAAGACAAUCCCUUCAAGAUGAUCCUUACCCAAAUGGCCAUGGAGUAUCCCUCGAUAUUGACCACGUUAUUAGCAUUCUCGGCAAAACUCAGAUCUGUCCUCAUUGACUCAAAUGAUACUCCUGAGUUUGUCAUUGAGCAGUUGUUGACUAGGUCAUGUACGGAAAUGUUGAAGAUUCUUCGUGAUAGAACCAGUGCGAUAUCUAAUGUGGCAUUGGCUACUUCGUUACUACUCUCCUGCUUUGAAGCAUUCAAUUGUAAGGAUUUUGGAAAACACAGAACACAUGUUAUUGGUGCCAGACAGAUUAUAAAGGCAAGAUCGGCAUUGCCCAUGUCCAGAGGACCCGAUACCGGUACUGAACGAGACAUUACAUUCUUCCUAAUGAGAUGGUUUGUGUAUAUUGACAUCAUUGGGUCGUUGAGCUCUGCGAGGAAUUCCGAUAAUUAUUUAUUAGUGGCUGAUGAUGUCACCAGCUAUGAACCAGUGGAGUCAGUUACCAGUUUGAAUGAAAUCGACGAUCAUCAUGAUCCGAAACGAGCUAUUGAUCAUCUUAUGGGGUUUGAUGUAAAGUUCUUGCCUCAUCUUGCCAAGAUCACUUUGCUUAUUAGAAAGACUGAGAGAUAUUUACAAGAAGCUCCAGGGUCAACCAGCAUACCAAUAAGCAUAGUGCAAGAAGCACUUGAAGUGAAGGAUGCCAUGGUUGGGAUCCUUGCCCAAGACGACGAUGUCAUGUUGGAAGCACACGAACAGAUGGAAAAGGACAAGAGGAAACGCAAGAAUAGUCUGACUAACCAAACGUCGCCCCCAGAAAUUGUGUCUAUGAUACAGGAAAACACGAUAUUGCGGUACACGAAUAGGAUAUUUUGUGAUACGGGGAUAAUACACUUGUACAGACGCGUGCUUAAGAUACCGAGAACAUCGCCACUUGUGCAGGAACUAGUCAAUGGAAUAGGAAAACUAGCUAAAGACCACAUUGAAUCGCAAUCUCCCACAGAUGUCUGUUGCAUUUUCUGUUUCUUUACUGCUGGUUGUGAGACCUUGAAUCAGGACAUGAGACAGUUUUUCCAACAACGGUUUGAGAAGUUGAUAGCCAUGGGCAACACCAGUGCCAAGAGAGGGUUAGAAAUCAUGAAGAGAUGCUGGGAAACAGACGAAGAUUGGAUCAGUGCUGCCAAGCAAUUGGACUUGGACAUCACCUUGUUAUAG